CACAAUGAGCUUUAAAGGUCCAGUGUAGUCAUAUCUCAAUAUCAAAUCAUUUCUGGGUAACAAUUAAGUACCUUACUGUGAUUGUUUUAAAUUAAAAUGGUCAAAAAGAAACAGAGUGUUUCUUAGCAAGAGCAGACCAAAAUUUCAUCCCACCAAAAGAGGUUGACAUUUCAGGCUGUCUUUUCAAACAGCUCUUACACUAAAAGGGCAUUAUCAUAAUUUGACAGUUUUCAGAGUACUAUUCCAAGCUCAUAGUUUGGAAAUAUUUUUGAAACAGACAAUCACGUUUUUGACUGCACUGGGCCUUUAACUCUGACGUUAGACUACUACAUAUAGUGUAGCCCUGCUACCGCCAGAUGGCUCUAUUGUUGCUAACGUCGUUUGUCAGUGAAGAAUAGCGGAUGUCCAGGCUAGCUAUAGUGCUGCAAAUAUCCUUAAGCUUAUAAAUUGUCAUUAGUUGUAUUUGUCAUGUCAACGACGAUGCAUGAACUAUUUACUCGUUGCAUGAACAACAGAAACCACCGAGUUUUAAAACAUUUUCAUACUAAACAAUCUUUGCAGAAACUGCCGAAGUCCUGCCCUGCAAGUAUUACGGUUAACCAUGGUGACUCCGUUCUGUUGUUCCGUCCAUUUGCUUUACAAGACCCUCUUUGAGUACCUGUUCUAAAACGCUAACAACCGAGCGGAACGAUAGGGUCGGAGACAUCACGGGAUAGCGGAAUCAUUUAAAGGUAGGACUUUGGUAGUUUCCGAGUCGUCACUAGUUACCACAGCCACGAAGUUAUUAAUCUCGCCUAUUUCUACAAUUUAUCUUCUUAAAAUCUGAUUUGGAACUUUACUCAAUCCACACUGCUAAUCGUAUGCCUAACCCUGAAUUAAUACCAAAACGCACAUUUUUGAUUUUAUGAAUUUUCUACAAUACAGCCAAUUUUGGACAUUGUGGCUGUGGUAACUAGUGGAAAACUAGUUUCCGUCGUUCAUCCAACGAGUUAGCAAACCAGCAUUAGCAUCUCAAUAAUCCAUUGGUCAACCUGAGUAAAUACAGACUCGUUGGAGAAUUCGCCAGUGUUGGACUCCCUGGCAAUAUGACGCUAUUUCAUUUCGGAAAUUGCUUGGCCUUGGCUUAUUUCCCCUACUUUAUCACCUACAAGUGCAGUGGACUAUCAGAAUACAAUGCAUUCUGGAGAUGUGUUCAAGCAGGAGCUACCUACCUAUUUGUGCAGCUAUGCAAGAUGCUAUUUCUAGCCACAUUCUUCCCCACAUGGGAGGGAGGAGCUGGUGUGUAUGACUUUGUUGGUGAAUUUAUGAAGGCCACAGUGGACCUAGCUGACCUUCUGGGCCUGCAUCUGGUCAUGUCCAGAAAUGCAGGGAAGGGAGAGUACAAGAUCAUGGUGGCAGCGAUGGGAUGGGCUACAGCAGAGCUUGUUAUGUCAAGGUGUAUACCUCUAUGGGUGGGUGCCAGAGGCAUUGAGUUUGACUGGAAGUACAUACAGAUGAGCUUCGACUCCAACAUCAGCCUGGUGCACUAUAUUGCCAUGGCAGCAGUGGUGUGGAUGUUCACGCGGUACGACCUCCCGAAGAGCUUCCGUCUUCCUGUGACUGUACUGUUAGGGCUGUGUGUAUACAAGGCCUUCCUCAUGGAGUUGUUUGUCCACGUGUUCCUGCUGGGGAGCUGGACAGCCCUCCUGGUGAAGGCGGUGCUCACUGGAUCCAUCUCCCUCUGUUCUCUCUUCCUCUUCGUCACACUGGUGCACAGCAACUGAGACUAGCUGCGACCCCAAACAAAGAGGGUCUUUAACACACACACACAGAGCCUUUCAACCAGACUUUGCCUGCAAAGAUACAUUUUGUAUCGCUCAGAAAGAGGGCAGGAAUGUGAGCAUUCAUGAUUUGACUUUUUUUAAUGUUAUGAUACUACUUUUUUAUGUAUGAUUUAUUAUUGUGCUGAAUUAGUAUGGUAGUUUGAGUAUUUAUAACAAGUGGAUGAAAGUGGAUGCCUCUUAAGCGUUGUAGUACAGUUACUAAACUAUUUUGACAUCUAAGCUGAUGGUACAAUACUGUUGUUACUGUGUGCUCACCUGCAUUACUGCAGAUAUGAAGGAAGAUUAAUUUAAUCUCAUUCGACAUGAUGAAAUACAAAUGUUGGUGCGCUUAUCACGACUGAAGCAGCAUAAUGGUGUACUUAUGUUGUCGUAAGAUUACAUAAAACAUGGUAGCAGUGGGUUAUCCUACUCUAUGGAAACUUAGUGAGGUGUGAGUGAAUGGCCAAUAAAUGACUUAAUAUGCUA